AGACAUUGAUUUAUAUUUUUUUUCAUUUUAUAGGUUGCUGUAAAGUGUAAUGACCCACUGACAUCCUUUGAUCUGAUGAAAGAGGAAGAAAAAGAACUCGAAAACCUUCAGGUGUCUAAUGUGGAAGGUAUGUGGUCGGAAUGGUCGCCAUGUUCUCGAACGUGCGAUGGCGGCACAUCAUUUCAAAUUAGAAAGUGUAAUGAAGUAAAUGGCUGCUUUGGUGAAACUCUUCGAUACAGAUUGUGCAAUAUGCAGGCCUGUCCUGAUGGAGUUGAGUUUAGAGAUCAGCAGUGUGCUUCCUUUAACCAAAUACCAUAUGAAGGACAGACGCUGGAAUGGAGUGCUUAUCAAGGACCUCAAGAUGACCCAUGUGAGCUUCGAUGUAUAGCAAAUACAGGAUUAGUUGCUACACUUGCUCCACAGGUUCAAGAUGGUACACGUUGUAAGCCAGGCACCCUUGAUCUUUGUGUUAAUGGUAAAUGCCAGAGAGUUGGAUGUGACCUGGUUAUUGGUUCAGAAGCUAGAGUGGACAUCUGUGGUGUAUGUGGUGGAGAUGGUUCUACCUGCACCCAGCCACUAUAUCACUGGGUAGUUGAACCAGCUUCAUUAUGCUCAGUUACAUGCGGUAAUGGCUAUAAAAUGUCUCAAGUUCUAUGUCGAAACAUCGUCACUGGUCAUAUAGUAGACUCCCAAUUAUGUGAUGAAUCGCAGAAGCCAGAAACAAAAAUGAUAGAAUGCAACAUUCAUCCAUGCCCAGCCAAAUGGGUAGGAAGUAGUUGGAGCAAAUGCUCUGUUAGUUGUGGAGGUGGAUCAAGAAGUAGAACAUUCAGCUGCAUGAGAAAAGCAAACUCUACUCUAACAAAGGUUCCAGACUUUCUUUGUAAGGGAACAAGACCUAGAGAAAGAGAGCCCUGUAACACUGUUCCUUGUCCUCCAACAUGGGAAGUUGGCCCUUGGUCUGGUUGCUCAGUUUCUUGUGGGGAAGGUGUUCAAACAAGAUCUGUGACUUGUAAGACAUCUCCAUAUUUUAGUACCGAAGAGAGUUUUUGUGAUAAAAAUCUUAAACCUGAUAGCACACAAUCUUGCACUACUGGCAUCCCUUGUAACACAGGAGACAAAGGAGGUUUUCUUCAUGGUUAUUUACCAUUUAGACCGAUAGCUGAAAGGCUUAUAAGUGAACCUGUUAUAUCAUCUCUUUCUUCUAAUCAACCAGAG